AUGUCGACCCCGAGUCUGACCAAUGCACAACAAGUCAGAGACUUUGUCCCGACCAAACAUGAUAAACCGUAUCCAGCUAUAGAUCCUGAGAAGUCACCUUUGCCCAAAGGAUACGUCGUCUGCAUCAUCGGAGCUGGAGGUGCAGCUGGUGCAGGACUAGCCAGAUCAUUCGCCACAGCCGGAGCAUCAGGCAUAAUUCUCGCAGCACGAACACAAGCCACCCUCGAGAAAACAGCUAAAGAAGUCGCCUCUACCAACAGUUCGACAAAGGUUGUCUCAGUCAUGUGCGACAUCAGUUCAGAAGUCGAUGUGGCCAAGAUAGCUACCACCGUGAAAGAACAAUUCGACGGUAAACUUGAUGCAGUCAUCGUCAAUUGUGGAUUUUCAGGCCCAUUGUCUAAAGCUACAGUUAUCGAAGAAGAGGUUGGCGAUGUUCAAAAGGCUUUUGCUGUUCACUGUACAGGUACCUGGCUUGCUGCACAUCACUUACUUCCCUUUCUCCUCGAGAGCAAAGGCAGCUUCAUCGUGAUUAGUUCCAUCUCAGCCCUAGGAAUCAGUGGCUUUGGAACAACAUCCCACUACUGCGCAAGCAAACUAGCACAAGCGCGCAUGGUCGAAAUUAUUCAUGCACAAUACGCCGAUAAAGGUCUCUUUGUCGCCAGUGUACAUCCUGGGGGAAUGAAGAGUGAAUUUUCACUUGCGGCGUCAAAAGAUAUUCAACACUUGUUGAACGAUAGCCCUGAUCUUGUGGGCUCUUUCUGUGUGUGGCUACUUAACUCUGAUGGUAUACAGAGGCGUAAGGAAGCUUUGAAUGGGCGAUGGCUGUCUUGUAAAUGGGAUGUUGGUGAGCUGGAAGGUCGAUAUGAUGCUAUCCAACAGCGCGAUUUACUCAGGUUCAGGAUGGCUAUUGAGUAG